AUGGAGAUAGAAGCAAGCAGACAACAAACAACCGUACCGGUUUCGGUCGGUGGAGGGAAUUUUCCGGUGGGUGGGCUAAGUCCGUUGAGUGAAGCUAUAUGGAGAGAGAAAGCUCCAACGGAGUUCGUCGGAGACGUGUCGGCGAGGCUUACGUGGCAAGAUCUGACGGUGAUGGUAACUAUGGGAGAUGGUGAGACUCAGAAUGUUCUAGAAGGUCUUACCGGUUACGCCGAACCGGGAUCUCUCACGGCUCUCAUGGGUCCCUCCGGUUCCGGAAAAUCCACUAUGCUCGACGCUCUCGCUAGCCGCCUCGCCGCAAACGCUUUCCUCUCCGGCACCGUUCUUCUUAACGGCCGCAAAACCAAACUCUCCUUUGGAACAGCUGCUUAUGUGACGCAAGACGAUAACUUGAUUGGUACGUUAACGGUGAGAGAGACCAUUUGGUAUUCAGCGAGAGUUCGUCUUCCGGACAAGAUGUUACGGUCGGAGAAGCGUGCUUUAGUGGAGAGGACAAUAAUAGAGAUGGGUCUUCAAGAUUGUGCAGAUACUGUUAUAGGUAACUGGCAUUUGCGUGGAAUUAGUGGUGGAGAGAAGAGGAGAGUCAGUAUUGCUCUUGAGAUUCUCAUGAGACCUCGUUUACUCUUUCUUGAUGAGCCAACAAGUGGUCUUGAUAGUGCUUCUGCUUUCUUUGUGACUCAGACAUUGCGUGCGCUAUCACGAGAUGGAAGGACGGUAAUUGCAUCGAUUCAUCAACCGAGUAGUGAGGUUUUCGAGCUGUUUGAUCGGUUGUAUCUGCUUUCUGGAGGCAAAACUGUUUACUUUGGUCAAGCUUCCGAAGCAUAUGAGUUCUUCGCACAAGCUGGGUUUCCAUGUCCUGCUUUAAGGAACCCUUCUGAUCAUUUCCUGAGAUGCAUAAACUCAGAUUUUGACAAAGUUAGAGCCACUUUGAAAGGUUCUAUGAAGCUUAGGUUUGAAGCAAGCGAUGAUCCAUUGGAGAAGAUUACCACAACCGAAGCUAUUAGACUCUUGGUGGACCAUUACCACACUUCUGACUACUAUUACACUGCAAAGGCUAAGGUUGAAGAGAUAUCCCAAUUUAAAGGGACUAUUCUUGACUCUGGAGGCAGCCAGGCUAGUUUCCUUCUGCAGACCUACACUUUAACCAAGCGAUCCUUCAUCAACAUGUCAAGGGACUUUGGAUAUUACUGGCUUAGACUUCUUAUUUACAUCUUGGUCACUGUCUGCAUUGGAACCAUCUAUUGGAACGUUGGGACCAGCUACAGCGCCAUUCUGGCACGGGGCUCAUGUGCGUCUUUCGUCUUUGGAUUUGUAACAUUCAUGUCAAUUGGUGGAUUUCCUUCGUUUGUUGAAGACAUGAAGGUCUUUCAAAGAGAGAGACUAAACGGGCACUAUGGAGUAGCUGCGUUUGUGAUAGCCAACACAGUAGCUGCAACGCCUUUCUUGAUCAUCAUAACUUUCAUCUCCGGGACAAUCUGUUACUUCAUGGUGGGUCUGCAUCCAGGAUUCACUCACUACCUCUUCUUUGUUCUCUGCCUCUAUGCAAGUGUCACCGUUGUGGAGAGCUUGAUGAUGGCGAUAGCUAGUAUUGUUCCCAACUUCCUCAUGGGUAUCAUUAUCGGAGCUGGAAUUCAGGGGAUCUUCAUGCUGGUUUCUGGAUUCUUCAGGCUUCCUAAUGACAUUCCGAAAAUUUUCUGGCGUUACCCGAUGUCAUAUAUCAGCUUCCACUUCUGGGCGCUACAAGGUCAAUACCAGAAUGAUCUGAGAGGCUUGAUGUUUGAUAGCCAAGGGAGUGCCUUCAAGAUUCCAGGUGAAUACGUUCUGGAGAAUGUCUUCCAGAUCAACUUGCACCGAUCAAAAUGGAUUAACCUCAGUGUGAUUCUCAGCAUGAUUAUCAUCUACCGGAUCAUUUUCUUCAUCAUGAUCAAGACCAACGAGGAUGUAACUCCUUGGGUCAGAGGUUACAUAGCACGAAGGAGGAUGAAGCAGAAGAAUGGAACUCAGAACACCACAGUUGCACCAGAUGGUCUUACCCAGUCUCCUUCUCUGAGAAAUUAUAUUGCUACACGAACUAAUGGAGCUCGCAGAUGGUAGAGUUUGAGCUUGUCCAGUGUUUGAAGACACUUUCAACAAAGUUAAUCAAAGCAAAGCCACCAUAUUUCGCCAGGCCUGCAGUAUCAAAUCUCAAUGUAAUGUGAGAGUAGAGAAACUUGAGUGUGUUAGUUAUAGAAAUAUUGAAACCAAGGAUUUGUCUAAAAUAACUACUACUACAUUUAUUUUUCUA